AUGUUCUCCUUUUUCAAAUUCACUGCUCUCGUCGUCGUUGCUGCCAUCUUUGGAGCCCGGGCUCAGGAGGCCCACACUGUCACAUUCACGAAUCUGUGUGGAACGGGUGUGCCUACUUUGAAGGCAAAUGGAGUGACGUUGUCGACUGGGGGACCUUUCACCUCUAGCGGUGCUCUGAUAUCUGCUAUAGCCUACCUCGACGUCGGCUGCGGUGCCAAUGGGGAAGGGUGCACCACGGUCGAGACCACCCUUGUCAACCCCACUACACCUGGGUCUGGGUCUAGUACUGAUAUCAGUUUAAUCCCUCCCCAUUCGUUCUCCGUUACUACUGGAUUCGGAUAUUCCAAUGGCUGUGACGGGUCAGGAGCUGAUUGCACUGACGCCAACUGUCCUACUGCUUUCCAUGUCAGUACCGACACUAAUGUUCAAGUUGCUUGCCAAGUCGACAAUGUCAACCUUGUCAUCACUUUUUGCGAUUAA